GUCAACACGCGCGCCUCUGCCGGCUUCGACAGGCUCAUCCUGCUGUGGAACGUCUAUGGGGACUGUGAUAAUUAUGCCACCCUGAAGGGACACAGUGGAGCGGUUAUGGAGUUGCACUAUAACACAGAUGGCAGCAUGCUCUUCUCAGCAUCCACAGACAAAACAGUGGCAGUGUGGGAUAGUGAGACGGGAGAGAGAGUAAAGAGACUGAAGGGCCAUACGUCAUUCGUUAACUCCUGUUACCCAGCAAGGCGUGGACCCCAACUUGUCUGUACGGGUAGUGAUGAUGGGACAGUGAAGCUGUGGGAUAUCAGGAAAAAAGCUGCUGUCCAAACAUUUCAGAACACUUACCAAGUCUUGGCUGUGACUUUCAAUGACACCAGUGAUCAAAUCAUAUCGGGGGGCAUUGACAAUGAUAUUAAGGUAUGGGACCUUCGCCAGAACAAGCUCACUUACACGAUGAGAGGACACGCGGACUCUGUGACAGGCCUCAGUCUGAGUUCAGAAGGCUCUUACCUGCUCUCUAAUGCAAUGGACAACACAGUUCGUAUCUGGGAUGUACGACCGUUUGCACCUAAAGAGAGAUGUGUAAAGAUAUUCCAGGGGAACGUGCAUAAUUUUGAAAAGAAUCUUCUGAGAUGUUCUUGGUCCCCAGAUGGGAGUAAAAUAGCAGGGGGAUCAGCAGACAGGUUUGUCUAUGUGUGGGACACCACAUCCAGGAGGAUUUUGUACAAGCUGCCAGGCCACGCCGGCUCCGUGAAUGAACUGGCUUUCCAUCCGGAGGAACCCAUUAUACUCUCUGCAUCCAGCGACAAAAGGCUAUAUAUGGGGGAGAUCCAGUGAAGCUGAAAAGAAGAUGGCUUGAUUUAUGCCCUUGAGAUCUGUGGUUUACAGAAGUAGGAUUAACUUGCUUCUAACCGAUGCCAGCCCCUUCUCACUCUUGUGGUAAUGGGAAAACGUUGAAGCAGCUUGAUUAAACAAGCAGCGUCCUUUGCAGGCUGUAACAUCUGCAUGGUCUUGCUGUACAGCUUGCUUUUUUUUGUUGUUUUUUUUGUCUCCUCCUUUGGGGAAGAAAGAAGAAAAAUUGGAAUUGAAGAAAUUUUGGUUUUGGCUGUACAAGAGACUGUUGAACCCUUACCCAGAUAGCUUGGAAUUUGUAAAAUUAGUUUAAAUUCAGUAUGUGGCUUGUAUAUUCCCUGCCCAGUUUCUCUUGAUUGUUUUUAUACGGUCAAAAAUGAAAUAGACAGCUUUUUACAA